UUGCCAAAUAUAUAUUAUAUCAGCUUUGGAGUACACUACCAUAAAAUUCCAUCACUCACACUUUCAUCACACUCUAUUUCAAAGAAAAAAAAAGAAAAAAACCCUUAGAGAAAAUGAAAAACUGAUAUUCUCCGAAAAUUUUCUAUUUAUGUAGAAAAAUAUAAGGAAAAUAAAAGUAAAAAUUUUGCAACUGGACUGAAAGGAUAUGUCGUCGAAGGGGAAGGGAAAGGAGAAGGAGGUGGUUUAUGGGAAACGGAAGGUCAGCGCCGGAAGAAGCGGUGGUGGAGCGGAGGAGAACCGUCGGAAGCGGAAGAAUCGGGGAGUUCUUCAGUUCUUUGAAGACGCUGCUGAUGUUGAUGACAAUGAAGCCAGCGAUGACAGCGAUUUUGAUGAUUAUUUUAUGGAAGAAGAACCAGAUCUUAAUGCAAAUAAUAAUCCUUGGAAAACCCAUAACCUUCCAUUUGUUCCCAAGGAAGAGGUGAUCGAGGAGGAGUUUGAUAAAAUGAUGGAGGAGAGGUACAGGGAUGGUGCUAGGUUUAUGUCAUUUGAUGAAGAUUCUUAUGAAGCUAAGGGAUCAAUUGACAAAAACUCUACCAUGCCUCCUUCCAAGGAUCCUAUUAUAUGGAAAGUUAAAUGUGUGGUUGGACGUGAAAGGCAUUCAGCUUUCUGUCUCAUGCAGAAGUUUAUUGACAUGAAAUCACUAGGAACAAAAUUGCAGAUAAUAUCAGCAUUCUCUGUUGAUCACAUCAAGGGGUUUUUCUACAUUGAAGCUGACAAGCAAUGUGAUAUUAACGAGGCAUGUAAAGGUCUGACUUACAUUUACUCUUCAAGAGUGGCGCCAGUUCCAAGCAAUGAAGUUUACCAUUUACUUAAUGUCAGAACUAAACGUAGCGAAGUCUCUAAAGGCAUGUGGGCUCGGAUAAAGAAUGGGAAGUAUAAGGGGGACCUUGCCCAGGUUGUGUUUGUAAACAAUGACAAGAAACGAGCAACUGUGAAGCUCAUUCCAAGAAUUGAUCUGCAAGCGAUGGCUGCUAAAUUUGGUGCUGGAGUUUCCAUCAAUAGAACUGUUAUACCAGCUCCAAAAUUGAUAAGCUCAAUUGAGCUCGAGGAGUUUCGACCUCUCAUUCAGUUUAGACGAGACCGUGACACCGGCAUUGGUUUUCAGAUACUUGAUGGCAUGAUGCUUAAGGAUGGGUAUCUGUAUAAAAAAUUAUCCAUAGAUUCAUUAAGCUGCUGGGGUGUUAUGCCUACAGAGGAGGAGCUCCUAAAGUUUAGUCAUUCUGAUAAUAAUGAAUCUGAUGAUCUGGAGUGGCUCUCACAACUUUAUGGUGAAAAAAAGAAGAAAAAGACGACUACGAAUGAAAAAGGAGGUGAGAAGGGAGAAGGCUCAUCAGGGUUUGGCUUGGAUGAUGGCUUUGAACUGUAUAAUCUUGUCUGUUUCAGCCGGAAAGAUUUUGGGCUUAUUGUUGGCAUGGAGAAAGAUGAUCGUUACAAGAUUUUAAAAGAGGCUCCAGAAGGACCUGUUGUAGUGACUGUUGAAAAGCGUGAGUUAAAGAAUGGGCCUAUGGAUACAAAGUUUACUGCAUUAGAUCAUCACUCAAAGACGAUAUCCAUUAAGGACACUGUUAAAGUCUUGGAAGGUCAAUAUGAGGGUAAACAAGGGAUUGUUAAACAAAUCUAUAGAGGGACCAUAUUUUUGUAUGAUGAGAAUGAGACUGAUAAUGGUGGUUAUUUCUGCUGUAAAUCACUGAAGUGUGAGAAAAUCAAGCAAUUUUUAGAUAUAUGCGGUGAUAAGGGUGGUGAUCCUGGUGGUACUUCAGAUUUUGGGGAUUUUGUAUCAUCCCCUAAGUCCCCAAUAUCGCCUAAAAAGCCUUGGCAUUCUCAAGAUAAGGAAGCUAAGAGUGAUUUCAACAGAGGGAACAGAGAUGGAAUGUUCUCCAUUGGUCAAACCUUAAGAAUUCGAGUGGGUCCUUUGAAAGGGUACCUUUGCCGUGUCUUAGCUGUAUAUUAUUCAGAUGUUACUGUUAAACUGGAUUCUAAGCAGAAGGUUCUUACAGUUAAAAAUGAGCAUCUUGCUGAGGUUCAAGGGAAGAGCUCUGCAGCAAAUACAAAUGAGCAUGAUGGAUCAAGUUCAUUCAAACCAUUUGAUCUUCUGGGAUCGGAAGGUUCGUCUGGAGAUUGGUUGAAUAGAGCGGGAACAUCGGCUGAGGGUGGCGGAUGGAAUGCUGAGGGGAGCUCAUGGCCUAGUUUCUCUGGUCCUGGCACUACGCAGCAGACAGAAACUGAUCAGAAGAGAGAUGGUGAAGACUCUGCCUGGGAGACCAAGGUGACUCCAAACCAGAAUUCGUCUUGGGGUGCUGCAGUUUGUUCUGGGGAUAAUGAUAAAAAAAUAGAUGGUCCGUCUACUGCUUGGGAAAAUAACACAAGUACAAAGCAGAAUUCAGCCUGGGCUACAGGCGGCAGUGAUCAAAAUGCUAGUUGGGGCAGUUGGAAUAAAGCUGCUCCCAAGAUUGACUCCAGUGGUGGUGCAUCUGAUGCUUGGGGUAAAGCUACCUCUAGUGGAGAUCCAUUGGGUGCUUCAAAAGAUGUUGGAGGCAAUUGGGGUCAAUCAAAGCUUGAAACCGGAAAUCUUGCUGAUUCUUCAAAUAUCACUGCAUGGGAGAAAGAUAAAAGUAUUAAUGUUGGUAAUGAUGGUUGGAAAAAAUCAGAAAGUUGGGAUAAUGGAAAGAAUGUCACUGAGGGAUCAUCUGGUGCAUGGGAUAAAGGUAAAGGUGUGGCUGAACCAGGAUCAUGGGGAAAGAACGAAAACUCAAGUAGUGAUUGGAACAAUAAUGCUAUAGGGUCAAAUCAACAGGGAAGUUGGGGUAAAAAGAAUGAUGCUGGUGGCUUUGAAGAUAAUUCUUGGGGUAAAGCUGUGGAGAAGUGGAACAAUAAAGAUGGUACUGGUGGAAGCAAGGGUAAUUGGGGUAGUUCAAAACUUGCUGCAGAAGAUUCUAAGGGAGGUUGGGGAAGUGCCAGUGGAAAUAACUUAAGUGGGAAUCAAACCACGAACUGGGGCAUCAAGAAAGAUGCAAAUGAAUGUGUAUCAGGGGGUUGGACUAAGGGUGGAUCUCAGAAUCAGUCUGAUGGUUGGGGCAAGCAACAUGGGGGUUCUUCAUGGGGUGGUGGAGCCAGCCAGAAUGCGGGCCAAAACUCUAGUUGGAACUCUGGUUCUGGUAAUGCAAACCAGGAUUCUGGUUGGGCUAAGAAAAAUGAUUCAGACUUUGGAUCUGGUGAUGCAACCAAAGAUUCUAGUUGGGGGAAGAGAAGUGACUGGAACUCAGGAUCUGCAGAUGCAAAUCAGGAAUCAGAAUGUGGUAAGAAAAGUAGCUGGGGUGCUGGUUCCAAUAAUGCUGGCCAAGACUCUGGUUGGGGCAAAAGGGGCAGUUGGAACUCUGGUUCUGGUAGUGCAAACGAGGAUGGUUGGGCUAAGAAAAAUGAUUCUAACUUUGGAUCUGGUGAUGCAACCAAUGAUUCUAGUUGGGGGAAAAAGGGAUCAGCAGAUGCAAGUCAGGACUCUAACUGGGGUAAGAAAAAUUGGGGCACUGGAAAUGAUGCUGGCCAAGACUGUGGUUGGGGCAAAAAAGGAUCGACAGAUGCAAGUCAGGAUUCAAGCUGGGGUAAGAAGAGUUGGGGUACUGGCAAUGAUUCUGGCCAAGACUCUGGUUGGGGCAAAAAAGGUGGUUGGAACUCUAGUUCUAGUAGUGCAGGUGAGGAUUCGGGUUGGGAUAGGAAAAGCAACUGGAAUUCAGGAUCUGGGGAUGCAAAGCAGGAAUCUGGUUGGAAGCCGAAGAGCGAUUGGAGUUCUGGAAGUGGAAAUGAAGACCAAAAGGAGCCUUUUAGUAAUAGAGGUGGUGGAAGUUGGAGGGGAGGUUUUGGUGGUAGAGAUGGCUCAGAUAGGGGCUUUAGAGGUAGAGGAGAUACAGACAGAGGAGGUUUUCGGGGUAGAGGUAGAUCGGAUAGAGGACGUGGCAGAUCUGACAGAGGAGGUUUUGGUGGCAGAGGUGGUGAUGGUGGAGGCUACGGAGGUAGAGGCGGUGAUGGUGGAGGCUACGGAGGUAGAGUUGGUGACAGAGGUGGCUAUAGAGGUAGAGGUGGAAGAGGGGGUGAUAGGGGAGGAUUUGGAGGUAGAGGACGUGGUAGGAGGGAUCAAAAUGGGGGUUGGAACAAUGGUGGAGAUUCUGGUGAAAAUAAGUCUUUUGGCUGGAACAAAGAGGGGGGGAACCAGGGCUGGAAUGGUGGAACAAGUGGAGGUGCUGAUCAAGGAGGUGGCCAAUCCUCCAGUUGGAGUCAAUCUGGUGGCUGGAACAAAGAGGGGGGGAACCAGGGCUGGAAUGGUGGAGCAAGUGGAGGUGGAGGUAGGAGUUGGAAUCAAUCUGGUGCUGAUCAAGGAGGCCAAUCCUCUAGUUGGAGUCAGGCUGGUGGCUGGAGCAAAGAGGGGGGGAAUGGUGGAACAAGUGGAGGUGGAGCCAAGACUUGGAUUCAAUCCAGUGCUGAUCAAGGAGGCCAAUCCUCUAGUUGGAGCCAGUCUGGUGGGUGGAACAAAGGCUCUAGCUCAACUAAUGAAGGAGGUGGGAGUCAAGAUAACAACCGGAAGUCUUCGAAUUCAUCUGAUGGUGACAAAUGGUCUAGCUGGAACCAGUCAAGUGGCAGCAAGGAAGUUAAUGGAAGUAACAAUCAAGGAAAUGGGUGGGGAAAGAGUUCAACUACUACUGCUGGAGGGUGGGCUAACCAAGGAUCAGGCUCGGGAGAUCAAUCUCAGUCAAAAACUGCUGAUGAAGCCCCAUCUUCUGGUUGGAACAAGUUAAAGGAUGGAGGUGAAAAUAGCGGAAACCAAGAUCCAUGGGGUAAGGCAUCAUCAACAAGUACUUGGGGACAAGGGAGUGGUGGUAGCAAGGGAGGAUGGUAAUUUUAACCUUUGCUUACUGAACAAGGUUUUUAGUGCUGUAGAUACUUCUAUUUUGGGUCUGUUCUGCAGUUUCUACAGUGUAGAGAGCCGGAAUGGAACAAGGUAGUGUUUCCGGGCAGACUGGUAGUAGUGAAGACAUUUGCUGUUUAGUGUUUACUAGAACAGCUUUAUGUUUGUUAAUAUUCCUUUCAAGUUAGUAAUGCUACCAUAUUAUGUAGGGCUUCCUCAUUGGGCAUAGUAAUGCAUAGAUGUUGCUCAAACUACAUCAACUGAUAAUAUUAUGACUACUGUUUCAAGCUCACUGCAUUUUAUAA